AAGGCAACUUACUAAAGAGGCAUGGAGGCUAAUCGGGUUCAACUGGUUCCAUCUAGUAACGCAGGAAUAGUUGCAUGCAUGAUUGUUCCUGAGGUUCUUAAAGAAGAUAAUUAUGAAAGGUGGUGCAUUUUCAUGGAACACUAUUUAUUGGCUCAAGACCUUGGGGAUGUAGUUCUAUCAAGCGAGAUGCCUCAUGCUCAUGGAGAAGACACAAGGGAGUGGAUUAAAAAGAAUGCUUUAGCUCUGCAUGCAAUUAAAAUUUCAUGUGAAGCAGAAAAGUUUGAUCGGAUUAAGAAGAUGAAUUCAGCCAAAGAUGCGUGGAAUGCAUUGGCUGAAUUGUGUAAACCGCCAAAUGAAGACGGGAACAAAGAUACAGGCUUCGAGAUUCUUGAGAGGAAACAAGCCGUGACAUUGCUCAAGGACAUAGAAAAGGGGGAUUCUGACGCUGUAAAGGAGAAACUCUUGGAAACACAUCCUUCGUAUUCUGCAAGAGCACUAGAAAACGGUUCCACUACUCUUCAUCUUGCAAUUACUGCUGGCAAGACAGAGUUGGCUAAGGAACUGAUUUCGAUGAUGUCAACAGGAGAGUUGAAAACACCAAAUAAGAGUGGUAAGACAGUUCUUCACUUGGCUGCUUGUAAGGGGAGUAGAGAGAUUGUAGAAUGUUUGGUUGCAAAGAACAAGAAAUUGCUUGAAAUCCCAGAUUGUGAGAAGAAGAUCCCACUUGUAUUGGCAUGUGCCACACACCAUAAGUGUUUGACUCUUUAUCUUUAUUCGGUGACACCUAUUGAAAUUCUAGAUCCAGUAAAUGGGGACCAUGGAUUCUUCCUCCUCAGAGAGUGUUUAAGGAACCGUAUGUUCGAGAUUGGACUGGAUCUACUGCGCAAAUUUCCAGAUUAUUUGACAUUUCACAAAAGCUCUUUGGAACCAACCCCUAUCAUUUCAGAGUUGGUCCAAAUCCUAUCAUCAUUGUUCACCGGAGUUUGGUACAAGCGUCUUCCAAUCAUUUCAGAGUUGGUCCAAAUACUAUCAUCAUUGUUCACCGGAGUUUGGUACAAGCGUCUUCCAUUUCCGAAAUGGUCACUUAGAGUAUUUGGUAAAGUACCUAUCAUUGACGAUCUGCUGGUUGAUGAUAAAUGGAAAACUCUCCCAGAAAAGCCAGGUUGGUCGCCAGUAUAUAAUCUAAAGUAUGACCGCGCCUAUGCCCGUGAGAUGGUACAUGUGAUAUGUGAGCAACUGUCAACUUUAGAAAGAGACCAAUUUAUAAGAAGCGGAGCAGUGGAAGCUACCUUCAAGGCUAUCAAGCUUGGCUACCUUGACUUUGUAAAACAAAUUACAAAAGCUAAUCCUGACAUAGUUUGGAGCCUUGAUCCCGAACACUCAAGAGACAUGUUAAUGUAUGCUGUAGCACAUCGACAAAAGGAAAUUGCCAAGUUUCUUUAUGGACUCAAUACGUGGAGGAAAACGACGGAGUUUACCACAGAUGAUGACAAAAACAAUAUGUUACAUCUGGCUGCAAAGUUAGAUCCUAGCUGUCCCCAUAUUCAUGAUGCCCCUGAUCCGGUUCUUCGAAUGCAAAACGAAGCACUGUGGUAUAAGGAGGUUGCACGCAUUGCUCCAGAGUUUUAUAAAGAAGAGAGAAAUAAAGAUGGUGAAACUCCUUUCGAAGUGUUUCGUAGGGAACAUCAAAAGUUUCUUACAGAAGCUGAAACAUGGGUGAAAGAUACAGUAAAUUUUGCCACAGUUAUAAGCACUCUCAUCAUCGGCAUUAUGUUUGCAGCAACUAUUACUUUCCCUGGUGGAAAUAAUGAUCGGAAUGGCUUCCCCGUCUUCUCUGAAAGAUCAUCUUUUCUACAAUUCUUAGAAUCCGAUCUAGCUGCACUCCUUUUUGCAUCUGCUUCAGUCUUGUUGUUUUUGGAUAUCCACAAAUCGAAUCUUAACGCGGAAGAUUUCCUAUCUGGACACUUGACUUUCAGAUCAACAGCUAGCCCCGACGAUCGAAGCCCACCUUCUGCCUCCUUCCUUUUGAUCAAAACCCUCUUUCUACCGUCAGUUAUAAAGCUUGCUGAUGAAGAUGAAAUCAUCCCUUUUUCUGAGAUGAAAUCACCACACCUUGCAAAUGACUGAAAGUGAGGGAUCGAGUUUGUAUGAUGGAGAGAUCAUACUGGGGGAAGACGAAGGAUAAUAAUGAAGAAAGGGGGACAGGAAAACAGCGUUCUACUUUUAGAUGCUAAACCGACAUCUUUAUAAUAAACCCACUAGUUUAUC